AUGCAUAUACAUCAAUUCAGGAGGAAACCCAAUAAAGAGAUUGGCGAGGAUAAAGUCCAAACUUUGACUUGGCAAGAAUUCAAGCAACCUUUUAUCAAAUACCAUUGUCCACAAUCAGCGGUGGAUUGGAUCCAAGAAGAUUUUCUCCGGCUUCGACAAAAGGAUGAAUCAAUCGAUGAGAUCACAAAUACUUUCCUCGACAAGCUGAAGUUUUGCGGAGAAAUGGUGGGAACGGAGAGGAUGAAGAUUAUCCGUUAUCAUGACAUGCUGAAGGCUGAAUAUCGGGAGUUCAUAACUCCUUCCAAAUGUGAAACUUUGAACGAGCUUAUUAAUUGGGCAAGGGAUAGGGAAAUCGAGUUGAAGAGACAAGUUGAACGUGGGGAGAAAAGACAAAUUGAGAAAGGAUCAACACAAAGCACUUCCAAGAAACCUAAGACACAUGAUCAAGGAAAGAAAGAAGCUUCUAAAGGAGGGUUUCCACGAUGUAAAACGUGUGGAAAACCCCAUUCGGGAGAAUGUUUAUUGGGGAGGAAAGGAUGUUACAACUGUGGACAAGAAGGGCAUUCGUAUUAUAAUUGCCCAAGUCCCAAGAGAGUGUGUUACAACUGUAAUGAAUCGGGCCAUGUAAAGGCCGAAUGUCCAAAACUCAAACAGGGAACGAAGAAAGAAGGAAAGAAGGAAGAACUUGCUAAAGCUAAAGGAAGAAUGUUCCAAAUCUUUACGGAAGAAGCUAGUGCUCACCCGAAUGUGGCGUCAGGGGCUAGUAGAUCAUUCAUUUCGAGCGAGUUUAUACAUUCCCCUUUGUUCACGAUAGAAAGAAUGCCUACAUCUUUGGAGGUAGAAAUAGCCGACUGUAAGAGUUACCUUCUACAUGAGAUAUGUAGAAAUUGUAAAAUUACUAUCGAGGAUGAGGAUUUUGACAUUGAUUUAAUUCCCAUGGUCUUAGGAGAAUUUAAGGUAGUAGUAGAUAUGGAUUGGUUAUCCCACCAUCAUGCGAAAAUUUUAUGUGAAAGCAAAAUUAUUCAUGUGACAUAUCCUAAGGGAAGGCGGGUAAGUAUUCAUGGGAAAAGAGAGGUAGAGGCAAAAUUCUGUACUAUCUUAGAAGCGGUUAAGUAUGUGAAGAAUGGAAGUAAGGCAUUCUUAGCCUAUGUUGUCGAUACAAAACUAGGUACUUUAAGAAUUGAAGAUACUAAGAUUAUGAGUGAAUACCCGGAUGUGUUUCCGGAUGAAUUGCCGGGACUUCCACCGGAGCCAGAAGUCGAAUUCCGUAUCGAGUUGGAACCAAAUGCCAAACCGGUAGCCAAAGCUCCUUACCGGCUGGCACCCGCGAAGGUACGGGAACUAAUGGUCCAAUUACAAGAACUUCUUGACAAGGGCUUCAUACGCCCUAGCGUGUCCCCGUGGGGAGCGCCCGUUUUGCUCGUUAAAAAGAAGGAUGGGGAAGUGCAGUUCUUAGGCCAUGUAAUUAAUGAGAAAGGGAUUUUGGUGGAUCCUUCUAAGGUGGAAGCUGUGGUAAAAUGGGUACCCCCGAAGAAUGUUAGUGAAGUAAGAAGUUUUCUCGGUCUAGCCGGUUAUUAUUGGAGAUUCAUCCAAGAUUUCUCCAAAAUAGCCCUUCCUUUAACCAAAUUGACAAAGAAGGAAGAAAAGUUUGAAUGGAGUGAUGAUCAACAGAAAGCUUUCCAAAUAUUAAAAGAGAAAUUGUAG